GCUGCUCCCUGUAAGCAGAGGUCUGGGCGGUGCUUGCUGAUGCUCAGAGUGAGCGCUGCAGCCCGGAUCAGACAGAGCCUGGAAGGGGGAGAGCAGGCUGAGCUGGGAGCAGCAUCCAGGAAGGGCUCAGAGUGACUCCCAGUCAGGUAGCCAACUAGCCAUGGGCUUGGAGAAGAAGUCCGAUGCCCGGAUCUACAUGGACCCAGAUGAUUUCCACCCCUCCUCAGUGCCAAUGCUCACCGAGAAAACCUACCAGAACUCCCCGAACCGGGACCCACACCAGCUCAACAGCCACCUCAAGGUAGGGGGGGUCACCUCCAAUACUAAAUAAUAUAACUAGUGGGGGGCAGUCACUUACCUCCAAUACUAAAUAAUAUAUCUAGUGGGGGGCAGUCACCUACCUCCAAUACUAAAUAAUAUAACUAGUGGGGGGCAGUCACUUACCUCCAAUACUAAAUAAUAUAACUAGUGGGAGGGGGGGUCACUUACCUCCAAUACUAACUAAUAUGGACUUAUAUGGAGAAAAGUUAAAACUCUUUAUCUGUUACUACACAGGACAGGCUGCCAGUCUGCUUACUGUACAUAACCUGUUAUAUGAAUACAUCCUGUUUUAUACUGAAUAUUACAUGGUUUACUUUAUCUUUAACAUUUCAUGGUUUACUUUAUAUAUUCCUCGCUUUAUAUUACAGCCCUGCUUUUUAAUGCAUACCUUGCUUUUUAUUACACUCCUUAACAACCAUAACUACUAUAUGACAUAGCCUGCUUUAUAGUACUUGCUUUAAUAUACAUAGUAUAUUACCUGCUUUAUAUCACAUGCCUGACUUUAUAUUACAUGUUUUAAUAUUGAUAUUACAUGCUCUGCUUUAUAUUACAUUCUUUGACUAUAUUUCAAGCCCUGCAUAAUAUUACAGACAGUGCUUUUUAAAAUAUGCCUGCUCUCUUUUACAUCUUUACAUCUUUUUAUCUUUGCUUGUAUAAACACAUUGGUUUGUCUUACAUGCCUUUCUUUAGAUAAUAUUCCCUGAUUUUAUUACAUGUCUCUCUUUAGAUAAUAUUCCCUGAUUUUAUUACAUGCCUUGCUUUAGAUAAUAUUCCCUGAUUUUAUUACAUGCCUUGCUUUAGAUAAUAUUCCCUAAUUUUAUUACAUGCCUUGCUUUAGAUAAUAUUCCCUGAUUUUAUUACAUGCCUUGCUUUAGAUAAUAUUCCCUGAUUUUAUUACAUGUCUUUCUUUAGAUAAUAUUCCCUGGUUUUAUUACAUGCUUUGCAUUAUAUGACAUGUCUUGCUUUAUAUUACAGAUAGCCUUUGAAGAUGUGAUAGGAGAACCUUCUACCACUCACAGCUUUGAUAAGGUGUGGAUCUGCAGCACUGCACUGUUUGAAAUCAGUAAAUAUCUGAUCUACAAAGUUCUCACAGUGCUGCUUGCUAUCCCACUCUCCUUCGUAGUGGGAAUCCUGUUUGCCAUCCUUAGUUGUCUUCAUAUUUGGUGAGUAAAUAAUGACAACACACACACACUCUCUCUUUCUCUAUACCCCUCACUAUGCAGGGGAAUGAAGGGUUAAUCAUGCAGGGUAAGUAAAUGUCAUUAAUUACACUCACAUUCCCAUGAUCUGUGGAAUAGUUAAACUUAUAUUUUGGCUUCAGGUGUUACUAGGUCCCAAACUUAAGGCCUCCUCAAUAAACCCAAAGAGGUUGUUUACAUACUAAGGGAUAACAUAACAAAUCUGUCAUCUUUUUUGGGGAACUGUUUUGCUCUACUGAGCCCAGAGUAAGCGAGAGUAACAGCGGAUCUUCACUUCUGGAUGACUAUCACCACUGUCUUCUUGAGGUGCCCUGCGCAUGCAUGUUGGGUAUCGUUUUUCUCAUGGCAUGUACAUUCGCAUUCAUAUGUUGGUUAAAGGGAUUCAUGGGACAUAUGAAAUAUGCAUCUAAUUCCAGCCUGUGCCAAAAUUGCCUCCUUGAAUUUCCAAAAAAUUGCAAUUUUUUUUUUUAAAAUAGAUAUUUUUGCCUUUCAAACCAGUAAGUCGGCCCUAUUCUUUUGCCUAAAAUCUGUCUAAAAUAUUAUAAGAUAAUAUUUAAUUAUGAUCUAAGUUUUCAAAUUUAUGGAGUAAUUCAAUACAAUACAGGGGUGAAGGCGGGGGGCUACUGUUCAUGAAUUUGGAGAAUGCUUGUGGGCUUUAGUGUAUGUGGAUUUAGAUUUCGAUUUGUGGUAUGUCUUAUGAAACAUAGGUCAUCUCAAACUAACUUAAUUCCAUUCUACAAAGAACAGAUCAGGAUGUUGCAGUGGAUGUGAUCCACUUGUGUUUUGCUAAGGAGUUUAAUAUGGUCAAAAUAAAAGAAACUGGCGUAGAUGAAAAUCCUUGUUCUUGGGUAAAACAUUGGCUUAAAGAUAGAAAACAGAGAGUUUUCAUUAAUGGUAAAUUUUCAGGCUGUACAAAAGUGGUAAGUGGUGUCCCUCAGGGUUCUGUUCUGAGACUGCUUCUAUUUAACAUGUUUAUAACUGAUCUUGAAAUAGGCAUUGAAAGCCAUGUUUCAGUGUUUACAGAUGACACAAAACUAGGAAAGGUAAUACAAUAUGUGCAGGAUAUUACUUCACUUCAGAUGCAUUUAGAUAGAUUGGAGGACUGGGCAUUUAGCAGAUGAAAUGUAAUGUAGAUAAAUGCAAUGUUAUGCACUUUGAGUUGAAGAAGGCUCAAAUAUUAUAUAUUAUACCCCAAGGGUAGGCACCUUUCACACACCAGAUGUUGGAGACUACAUCUUCCAUAAUGCUCUUACAUCCAAAAUGCUGGUAAAGCAUCAGGGGAGAUGUUGUCCCCAACAUCUGGAGUGUCAUAGGUUGCCUACCCCUUCCAUAAAUCGCAGUGAAUUAGGGGAAACAGCAGUUGUUAAGGCCAGUAAGGUAUUGUCAUGUAUGCAUUAAUUCUAGGGAUAAUAAUAUAAUUUGUCCCAUAUAUAAAUCAACACUAAGACCACACCUGGGAUAUUCUGUGCAAGUUUGGAAACGUGUCCUAAAGAAAUAUAUUAUGAGGUGGGCUAUAUAAUUAAUAAGGGGAAUGGAAGAUUUUAGUUAUGAAGAAAUGCUAACAAAUCUAAAUCUGUUUAGUUUAGGAAAACAGCACCUCCGAAAGGAUAUGAUGGCAUUUUACAAAUAUAUUAAGGGGCCAAUACAAACCAUUGCCUGAUAAUCUGUACAUAAAUAGGACUAUAUAUAGGACACGAGGUCUCCCAUUUGGACUGGAAGACAAAUUUUUGUGUAACACAAAAUCAGUUGUGAAGAGUUGACAAGGAAACUGCACAUUUCUGGACAAAAUGUGAUAGACUAUUCUCCAAUUCCAAUUUUGGCCUAAAUGUUUCAUUGUCUAUUCUCCACUAUUCCUUGUUGAAUAAACUCAAUUUAUACAUUUUGUUCACAAGGCAUCCCGCCAUAUUAAGGAAAGUUUUUUUAAGAGUUAAAUGGCGUAUUUGCAAAACUGUUGUUUUCAGAUGAGAAACAAUCAUGGAUCAAGAUUUUACCAUUAUACUAUCAUUGGUAAUGCCAUAAUGAGACCGUUGCAGUAUGAUUAGAUAACAUUCAUCAUUUCCUUUUCAUGCAGCAAGAUACUAAUGCAGUGCUAAUGAAUCACAAGACGAUUAUAUCUAAAUAAAACACCAAUCUGACAUAUAAUAACCUUUAGUAAUAUCUAUGUUGUCCAAUGUUUGUCAUUAAACCUUAAGAACAUCAUUGUACCUCAAACUUUCAGGAUUUAUCUUGGGCUUCUUUAUACAUGGUAUAUAUUUCAUACAACCUGUCUCAGUGAUCUGAAUGAACCAAUUGUUGAGUCAAACUGAGUCAAACAUUAUACUGUGUAUUAACACUGCAACAUUAAGCUUAAUCUACUCCUCUGAAGCCUAGAAAGAAGGUCUAUUUAAGAUAGAACAUAUUAAAUCUGUUAUACAGGGACAUUGUAUCCAUCUGAACAAAGGAGCAUUAUUGUUAAGGCAGAAGAGAAUGCUCACAUAAAGCUAUCAAAUAGUUUAUUAAAGUAUCAUUCUAAUAUUUCAUUGUCUGGCAGUUAAAGGGACCUUGUGUGGGCUGUGUCUGUAACUGACAAAAAAAUGCUGAAGUGAAUGGCAAAUAGUACAAACUCUUAUUCUGCCCCCAAAUGGAAUACCUUUUCUCUAUAAAUGUUUUUUUUUGUAUGGUGUUUGUUUCUUUUUUUUUUUUAAAUACUUAUAUGAUUGAGUGUGUUUUAUUGCAAACUUUUUAUUGAAAAACAAAUUACGAUCCCUAUUUUUUCUCACAGGUAUGUUCUUUAUGAUGUCAUGUUAAGCAGUCCAUGAGGAUUACACAUUUCCAUAAGUCUUGUAUUUAGGAUUUACCAAUAUAUUUUUAAAGGUGGCACUGGGAUAGUCAUUAAAGGAACGGUACAGCAUUAGAAAUACACAACUGUAUAAAUUCAAAUUUCAUGACAUGGUUGCUCUGUGAUUGCUAGUGACUUGUCUCUCUGGUAUCUCCAUAGAUGGGACACCAGAAGAUCCAUGAGGUGUACCUUUUAUGCAUUUGGAGGCUGUUUGUAGGACUUUGUGUGUGUGGAUUUUAAGGGAAGCUGUUGUGUAAAUAGGUCUGUUUUUGCUGUAUUGUGUUUGUGGUGACAUAAGAAUGUCUAGGAGCUGUUGUGUGUGUGUGUGUGUGCAUGGAAUGUAGUGUGUGUAGUGGAUGUAGUAUGUAAAUAAGGAAUGUAGAUAGUGUUUGUAUUGGGGAUGUAGGAAGUGUGUGAGUAUAGGGGCUGUAUUGCGUAUGUGUAAAGGAAAUAUAGUGUGUGUGUGCAUAGGGCCUGUUGUGUGUGUGUUUGUGUGUGUGUAUAGGGCAUCCAGUGUGUAUAUAUAGGAGAUGUAGUGUGUGUGUGUGUGGGAUGUAGUGUGUGUUUGUGUAUACAGAGGAUGCAGUGUCUGUAUGUAUAUAGCCUGAUUACCUGAGGGCCUGCUUAUUAAGUAAAUCCCACUGUAUAUAUAUCAAGGUAUUGGGAAGCUUCACUGAUACACUGAUACAAUCUCUCUCUCUCUCUCUCUCUCUCUCUCUCUCUCUCUCUCUCUUCCCAAUACCUUGAUUAAAGGUAUCCUAAUCACGUCUGAUCCAGUAACAGAGAUAGAUAGAUAGAAAAAAAUGAAUUCUGAAACCCAAAAACAACAGCACCUAAGGGUACCAUUUGGGUACAAAUUCAUAGAAGCUUUGAAUUGUUUGUUGUUUGUGUGUGUGACAAAGCUAGACUGUAGUAACUACUCAAAGUAACGUGUCUUUAAUCUAUUGCAAAUAUGUUUAGCAAGUCAUUUUAGGAAAUACAAUAAGUUUUUCUAAAUUAUGUAUUCAGUUACAAAUAAAUGGUACAUUACCAAAAAUGAUUUGUUAAAGCCCCUUCUGUAGGGUUACCUCCCUCAACCAUCUCCUAAAUGGAAUGUAUCCUUCCUUUUGAACUUUUGGAACGAUUCUUAAGCAAAUCUAGGGUUUCUGCAUUCUGGUGUCCUGCAAAAUCGUAAUGAUGUUAUCUUUAUAUAUGAGACAUAUGGGUGAAUCUUGUUCUUUUUUCAAUACAGGAUAAUCAUGCCAUUUGUGAGGACCUGGCUAAUGGUAUUACCGUCUGUGCAAGCAAUCUGGAAGGGUGUGACUGAUAGCCUUGUUGCCCCCUUAUUUGCCAGCAUGGGACGGUGUUUCUCUUCAGUCAGUGUGCAGAUGGAUAAAAAUUAGCUACAUUUCCAAAUUACCUUUGUUUUAUGACACAUCAGACCUCUUGGUGAAGAACUCUACCAUUUGUCUUAUGGAGUAUGUUCACAACACUUUUCAUUAGAGGUGGUCAAAUGGCAGAUCUUUAUCUGUUUCACAACUACAACUCCCAUGAUGCUUUGCCAGCCUUACAACAUACAAUAACAGUCAUCUGCCAUUUGACCACCCCUGCUCUAAGUGGUCUUUUUGGAUACAGCUGUAGUAAUCAUUUAGAUCCUGUGACAGAUGUUCAAAUAUUGCUCCCCUCCUGGACAUAGAAGGAUGUUAUCCUCAUCUUGAAACAUUCCAUCUCCCAAAUAUGUAUAGAAGCAGGUGUACAGUGUGAGUGAAUAUUCUAGGGGAGAUUUAUUAAAGUAUCGCAGACAGUUUUUCACAUUUUGGUGCUUUUUUUUUUUGCACCCCAACAUCAGUUAUGAAUGUACACUUAGAUUUACCAAUUUUUCCAUCACUUUGACCAAAACAUUCAAGUGUUCUUUUUGGCUUUUCUUUUUUCCAUAAUUCUAAAUGUAGUAGUCGUUUCUGAUAAAUAGCACAAGUUAGGUAGAGAAAUAAAAACAAAUAUUUUUAGACCAUUUUUAGAAUAAUUUAUUAAAGGUAUACCAUGGGCAUCAAAAUAACUGUAGCUUAAUGGAGCAGUUUUGGUGUAUGGAUCAUUCCCCUGCAGUCUCACUGCUCAAUUUUCUGCCAUUUAGAUGUUAAAUACCAUGUAAUACACAUGUUUAUACAGCCCAGUCACACCUCUCUGCAAAUGACAUGCACAGUCUUCCUAAACAGGUCCUGUAAAGGAAAUUAGAUAUUCUAGGUUCCUUUAUUGCACAUUUUGUUUAAGUUAGAAUUCCUUAUGUUUUGCUCUGUUAAUAGCCUUUUAAACUCUCUGCAGAAACAUCCUGUGGGAAUAUGACGUUUAAAAACUUCUACAGCAAGUUAACAUCUGAUUCAAAAUGAAACAAUUUUUUUUCAUGCAGGCUGUGUGAGUCACAGACAGGGGCAGUGUGGAUAGGGCUGCAUAGACAGAAGCAAAAAUUAAUUAACUCUUUAAUUGCAGAGAACUGAACAGUGAGACUGCAAGGGCAUGAUCUAUACACUAAAACUGCUUAAUUACGCUAAAGUUGUUUUGAUGCCUAUAGUGUCCCUUUAAAUACAAACAGAUGAUAAAUAAAUGACACUUUCUAAUACACUUUUAUAAAUCUCCCCUUUUGUGUCUAGAAAUGUAUUCUUAACAAAUGCACUAGAUAGCAUCACUACUUGACAACUUGUAUUGAACUCUUAAGGGUCUGUUCAAGGUGAAUAGUAUAAUGUAGUGAUUUAAAGCUGAACUGACAAACAUUAGCUGAUUUUGAAUUUUCAGCAAUCCGGCUUUGGUUGCAGAAAACUACAGUUUUAUCCUGACUUUUGCUUUUCACUCCUCGUUAUAACUAAUCUUAAGAACAAUCAUAAAAAUAUUUUGAUUAUUAAUAGCACAUUUUACAUUUGUUUGCCACAGAUUUCUACAAAUUAUAAACAUAUUGGAGUUUGUUUAUUGGUACUGCGAAGAGAUGACAAGGGCUAGCACAUUUUAGUCCGAGAAAUUUUUCUAAUUCAGCACUUUUGGUAUAAAAUGUACAAUUACCUUUUCAAUUUUAAGCAAUUCUUAAUUCAAUAAUUAAACUCCAAUAUGUAUAACUUUAUUAACAAUUUGUAUACAUGAUAUUUAUAAUCUCAGGACCUGCACAAGCUACACCUGUCAAUUAUGAUAUAUCCUUUUUGUAUGUUGCCUUUUUUUAGAGCCCAAAUGCCUUACUGACUGAUUAAAAAUAUUGUUCAGCUUUAAAGUUCUGUCGGGAUAUAUAUAUUGGAUAAUUGCCCAAAAUAUAUUUGUACUGUAUAUUAGCCUGAUCCACUGAAUAUAAUGCUUUGUACAUUUUCAAUAAAGAAGUCUAAACAUUUUCAAUAUU